AUGGCAAUGGCAAUGGCCUCUUCUCUGCCGGUGCUGUUGCUCCUGUGCCUGGCGGCAUCGUCCUCGGCGCAGCUUUCGCCUAGGUUCUACGCGAGGUCGUGCCCCAGGGCGCUGGCCAUCAUCAGGAGGGGUGUGGGGGCCGCCGUGAGGAGUGAGCGCCGCAUGGGAGCGUCGCUGCUCCGGCUGCAUUUCCACGACUGCUUUGUCCAAGGUUGCGACGCGUCCGUACUGCUGAGCGACACGGCCACCUUCACCGGCGAGCAGGGGGCAGCUCCUAACGCCGGCUCCAUUCGAGGCAUGAACGUUAUCGACAACAUCAAGGCGCAGGUCGAGGCUGUGUGCGCGCAGACUGUCUCCUGCGCCGACAUCCUCGCCGUCGCUGCCCGUGACUCCGUUGUCGCUCUGGGAGGGCCUUCGUGGACCGUUCCUCUCGGGAGGAGGGACUCGACGACGGCGAGCUUGUCUCUGGCCAACAGCGACCUUCCGCCACCAUCAUUCGACGUGGCCAACCUCACAGCCAACUUCGCCGCCAAGGGGCUCAGCGUGAACGACAUGGUCGCACUAUCUGGCGCCCACACCAUCGGGCAGGCACAGUGCCAAAACUUCCGGGACAGGCUCUACAACGAGACCAACAUCGAUGCGCCCUUCGCAACAUCUCUCAAGGCCAACUGCCCCCGGCCGACCGGGUCCGGCGACAGCAGCCUGGCACCACUGGACACGACGACGCCCAACGCGUUCGACAACACAUACUACCGCAACCUGAUGUCACAGAAGGGGCUCCUGCACUCUGACCAGGUUCUGAUCAACGACGGACGCACCGCGGGCCUGGUCCGGACGUACUCGUCGGGGUCGGCGCGGUUUAACAGGGACUUCACGGCGGCCAUGGUGAGGAUGGGGAACAUCAGCCCGCUCACUGGGACGCAGGGGCAGGUCAGGCUCAGCUGCUCCAGGGUGAACUAA